AUUUUUUAAAAGCAACCUUGAUUGCAGACAGCAGUAAAAAGGCUUUGGAAUCCACCAGACCUGAAUUUGACUUCUCACUGACCCUUUAUUGGCCAAAUGGCCCUGGGCAAACCGUCAGUUUUUGUUAAUCUGAGGUGUUAACUGAGGUGAUAUUCAGGGACACCUCAGUUUUCCCUUGUUCCGAAGAGAAACCAAGACCACUAUAUAUAAUGUCCCAAGCAGGGACCGAGCACAGAAUUCUGCUCACUUGGUAGCAGGCAGUACUUAUGUUCCCUGCCACCAACCACUCCCAGUGCCCAGCACCAGCACAGGAAAUAGAUUCCUUUCCUCAACACUGUGAGAAAAUGUCCUUUUCUGUUUUGAGCAGCACAGGAGUCUUCUUCCUGGAGCGUAAAUGGGCCCGCGGGAAUGAGGAUAAGAAGAAGGAUUAAUGAGGUGGGUGGACCUGAUCUGGAAGUGCCCACCCCGCCCCUUGCCACUCCUGCCUCAACCCAACCAGGAGACUUUGGUCGAAGUUUCCAAACUGAAGCAGUGUCCAGGUUCCUACAAUAGCAGGUGGCAUCCUGACCUAAGCAGAGGCAGUGUUCUAUUUCACAGGUACAGGGGAUCUCCAGCCCAAACAUCUGAAAAGAAUUCGGAGCCCAGCCAAAUCCAUGAGCAGCAAAAACUCUUUGGAGCUGCAGAGGACGGCAGCACUCACAGCCGAGGGCUACAGCAACACUGGCUUUCAGUAUGAUGACGACUGCUUUGAAAACCAGAACACAUCAGGAAAUGACAACUCACUAAGGAGUAGAGUUGUGCAAAACAGAGAGCAAGAAAAUGGCAAACAGGGUGAAGAGCAAGUGACCAUUGAGCAGGAUUCUCCAAGAAAUGAUGAAGAUGAGGAUGACCAAGAGACUCAUCAAAAAGGGUGCCUGGAAAGGAAGUAUGGUGCAGUUUAUGAUUUUUGUAGGGAACACCAAAGAAUCCUUAAGUCCACGACCUGGGGCAUUUUAAUAGCAGGUCACCUGGCUCUGGUGAUUGCGGCCUGUGUGCUGAACUUUCACAGAGCCCUUCCUCUUUUCGUGAUCACGGUGGUUGCCAUCUUCUUUGUGAUCUGGGAUCACUUCAUGGCCAAAUAUGAGUCUCAGAUCGCUCAGUUCCUCUCUCCUGGCCAGAGGCUUCUGGACAGCCACUGGUUCUGGCUGAAGUGGGUGAUUUGGGGCUGCCUGAUCCUGGGAGUUAUUUUCUGGCUGGUCUUUGACACCGCCAAAUUGGGCCAACAGCAGCUGGUGUCCUUCGGUGGACUCAUAAUGUACAUUACCCUGACAUUUCUAUUUUCCAAGCACCCAACCAAAGUUUACUGGAGGCCUGUCUUUUGGGGUGUUGGGUUACAGUUUCUUCUUGGGCUUUUGAUACUAAGGACAGAACCUGGAUUUAUGGCUUUUGAUUGGCUGGGGAAACAAGUUCAGACAUUCCUGGAGUACACUAAUGCUGGCGCCUCAUUUGUCUUUGGUGAGAAAUAUGAAGACCACUUUUUUGCUUUUAAGGUCCUGCCCAUCGUGGUUUUCUUCAGCACUGUGAUGUCCAUGUUGUACUACCUUGGAUUGAUGCAGUGGAUCAUUAAAAAGGUUGGAUGGGUAAUGCUAGUGACUAUGGGAACAUCUCCUGUUGAAUCUGUAGUUGCUUCUGGCAAUAUAUUUGUUGGACAGACAGAGUCUCCACUGCUGAUCCGACCAUAUUUACCGUGCGUCACCAAGUCUGAACUCCACGCAGUCAUGACCGCUGGGUUCUCUACCAUUGCUGGAAGUGUCUUAGGCGCAUACAUUUCUUUUGGGGUUUCGUCCUCUCACUUGUUAACUGCUUCAGUUAUGUCUGCACCUGCGGCAUUGGCUAUUUCUAAACUUUUUUGGCCCGAGACAGAAACACCUAAAGUAACCCUCAAGAAUGCCAUGAAAAUGGAAAAUGGUGAUUCAAAGAAUCUCCUAGAAGCCGCAGCACAGGGAGCAUCCUCAUCCAUUCCCCUGGUGGCAAACAUCGCUGCGAAUUUGAUUGCCUUCCUGGCCCUGUUGUCUUUUGUGAAUUCAGCCCUGUCCUGGUUUGGAAACAUGUUUGACUACCCACAACUGAGUUUCGAGGUAAUAUGCUCCUACAUCUUCAUGCCCUUUUCCUUCAUGAUGGGAGUGGACUGGCAAGACAGCUUUAUGGUUGCCAAACUCAUAGGUUAUAAGACGUUCUUCAAUGAAUUUGUGGCUUAUCAGAAACUCUCAGAAUUGAUCCAUUUAAGGCAAGAGAGUGGACCCAAAUUUGUGGAUGGUGUGCAGCAAUAUAUGUCGAUUCGUGCUGAGACAAUUGCCACUUAUGCUCUCUGUGGCUUUGCCAAUUUUGGUUCCCUAGGAAUAGUGAUCGGCGGACUCACAUCCAUAGCUCCUUCCAGAAAGCAUGACAUCGCCGCAGGAGCAGUGAGAGCUCUGAUUGCGGGGACCGUCGCCUGCUUCAUGACAGCCUGCAUCGCAGGCAUGCUUACCAGCACUCCUGUGGACAGCAACUGUCAUCACAUUUUGGAGAAUGCCUUCAACUCCAGCUCGGUUAGAAACACAACCGAUGUAGUAUCUUGUUGCCAGAGUCUACUGAACAGCACUGUUGUCAACGGUUCCGGUGAGGUCAUCCCAGCAGGAAACCAUAGCCUAUAUUCUUUGAAACACUGCUGCAAUUUGUUGAAUCCACCAACACUAAACUGCAGUUGGAUUCCUUUUUGAGUUCAGCCACUUCUCCAACAGAAAAAAUGUGAAAAAAGAAAAAAUGUGAAAAAGGUUUCGGAAUACCUUGAGUAAUUUAUUUGUGUUUUCAUUCUUGUUCAUACACAAGAGUAAUUUUUUUAAAUCCAUGUGUAAAUAGUUGACUUGUGUUUGUGUGUGUGUGUGUGGUGAUGGUGGUGAUGAUGAAGUAGGGACCUAAAUGCCCAAAGGACUCUUUAUCUCCGAAGUACAAUAUACUAGGAUAUUUCUUAUUAUUGAUCAUUUGUAACAUAUUUUUCUUGGAACUUACUGUGCCCUUUCAGUAUUUAGACUUUAUUUUAGAAAUAAAAUUGCAUUAAAUCUUUAAAAAAAUCUAGUGUAUAUUUUAUACUUAGAGCUUAUCUUGAGAAGCUAAAUUUUCAUUGGCAAGACAAUCUGUAAUUAGAUCUCAUAAAAUUUACAACUGAAAAAUAAAUUUACAUACCCAGGUUGUUCCAGAUAAUACCUAAAAGUUUUCCAAUGACUGAAAUUAGUAUCAGUUUUUAAAUUUUAGUUCCUCAGUUCCAUAUAUGAAAUAGCUCCAUAUUUCAAAUAUUCAUGAUUAACAUAAUGGACAAUGAAAUUUUACAGGAUGAUUUCCUACAUGAAUUGAAGUGUGUGUAUAUAUUUGGUAUUAAUAUAUGUUGCCAGACUGCUUCUUAGAGAAAUACGUUGUCUUAAUUUUCAUCUGCUUUGCAAUAUAAAUUUUCUGAUGUGUUUUAUUCAUCUACUUCUGUGAGUAUGUGUGAUAUUUCCUUUUAAAUACUAUAUGUUCACAUAA